AUGGAACAAAACACCCUCGCCCGUCGCGGUCUCGGUCUCCGCGGUCUCGACACAGAAAAACUUUCCCCCGGCUACGUCCUCUACACCCCCCUCACCUCGUCCACCACGCAUCUCAUAUCUAGCGCAACCGGCGAAGAAGUCCACCGCUGGACCCUUCCCUACCGCGCCGGCCGUCACGCCCGUCUCCUUCCAGAUGGCAACACCCUCGCCUACAAUGGCGCCCACCCCGCCCCGCCAGACCAACCCUCCUUCCCCAUGUGGUCCAAGUACCGCGGCGGUGUCAUGGCGCACGUCUCCCCCGACGGGACCAUCCUACGCGAGUACCGCGACCCGCUCGCCCACCACGACCAGCUUCACUCCGACGACGGCCGCACCAUCCUCUACACAACCAUGGAGCCUCUAACGCCCGCCGAGGCGGCGCGUGUACGCGGCGGCGUCCCCGGCUCUGAGGCCGACAGCAACAGCACCAUCUACGGCGACUGUAUCCGGCUCGUUUUGCCGUGGGAGUCAUCCAACCGUUCCUCAAGCGACGACUUCAAGCCCGGGGGUGGCGGCACAGGCGGCGCGAAGCUGCUCUGGGAGUGGCGCGCGGCAGACCAUCUCGAUCCCGCUGAGUACCCUCUCCUACCGCACUACGCGCGCGACCACUGGCCGUUCAUCAACGGGCUGGCUGUUGACGGAGACGGCAACAUUGUAGCGUCGCUGCGGAGCGCGUCCAAGGUGAUUGUGAUCAAUCGCGACACGGGCGCCGUCGUGUGGAGCGUGGGCCAGCCGGCCGUCAACCAGCAGCAUUGUCCUGUUGUCCUACCGUCCUCGGGGAACCUCAUGGUGUUUGAUAAUGGGGUGUUUCGGCCCGGGAAGUCGAAGCCGUUUUCCAAGGGGGUGAUCGUGUCGAGGGAGACGAAAGAGGUGAUUUGGGAGUGGAUGGAUGCGAGUACGGGCGGGGUGGGGUUCCUGUCGCCGUUUAUGGGCUCCGCGAUGCCUGUGAAGGGGAGCUCGAAUGUGUUGCUGUGUGAGGGCGCUAUGGGGCGCAUACUGGAGGUGACGCGGGAUGGGCGCGUAGUAUGGGAGUUUGUCGUGCCGCAGUUGCGUGAUUAUCGAGGUUUGAUGGAGGAACGUGAGGUGCUGCGGAUGGAGAAGAUUGGGUCUAUGUAUAAGUCCAAUGGUAUCUUUAGGGCCUACAAGUAUCGGCCGGAGGAGAUUCCUUGGCUAAAGAAAUAA